AUCUUCACCAACUCCCUCUUUUUUGCUAAUAUAUAUGAAUAUCAACCUGCCUCCAACUCUUCUCAGACACAGUGUCAUCACCACCGAAAAGUAACCUCAAUUUCAAUCAAUGGCUCUGCUUCUCAUAAUACCAAUCUCAUUCAUAACCCUUUUCCUGUGUUACACGCUGUAUCAAAGGCUAAGGUUCAAGCUCCCUCCGGGUCCACGCCCUUGGCCGGUUGUCGGUAACCUCUACGACAUAAAGCCCGUUCGGUUCCGCUGCUACGCCGAGUGGGCGCAGUCAUACGGACCCAUCAUAUCGGUCUGGAUUGGUUCGACGCUAAACGUCAUCGUUUCCAACUGGGAGUUGGCCAGAGAGGUUUUGAAGGAACAAGAUCAGCAUCUGGCCGACCGCCACCGGAGCCGCUCGGCGGCGAAGUUCAGCAGAGACGGGAAGGAUCUGAUUUGGGCAGAUUAUGGGCCGCACUACGUGAAGGUGAGGAAGGUUUGCACGCUCGAGCUUUUCUCAGCCAAGCGUCUUGAUGCUUUGAGGCCUAUUAGGGAAGAUGAAGUCACUGCCAUGGUUGAAUCCAUUUUCAUGGACUGCACCAAUACUGAAAAUUUGGGGAAAGGUGUGUUGGUGAAGAGGUACGUGGGGGCCGUUGCUUUCAACAACAUCACAAGAUUGGCAUUUGGAAAAAGAUUUGUGAACUCAGAAGGGGUGAUGGAUGAACAAGGAGUAGAAUUCAAGGCUAUUGUGCAAAAUGGGUUAAAACUAGGAGCAUCUCUAGCUAUGGCAGAACACAUCCCAUGGCUGCGUUGGAUGUUCCCACUAGAAGAAGAGGCUUUUGCAAAGCAUGGAGCUCGCCGUGACAGACUCACCAGAGCCAUCAUGGAAGAGCACACUCAGGCACGCAAGAAAUCUGGUGAUGCAAAGCAACAUUUUGUAGAUGCCCUCCUCACUUUGCAAGAAAAAUAUGACCUUAGUGAAGACACCAUCAUUGGUCUCCUCUGGGACAUGAUCACAGCUGGUAUGGACACAACAGCAAUUUCAGUAGAGUGGGGCAUGGCUGAGUUGAUAAGAAAUCCAAGAGUGCAACAGAAGGCCCACGAGGAGCUAGACCGUGUGGUUGGGUUUGAAAGGAUAAUGACUGAAAACGACAUCUCGAGUCUGCCAUAUCUACAAUGCGUUGCAAAGGAGACACUGAGGCUUCACCCACCAACCCCUCUAAUGCUCCCACAUCGUGCAAAUGCCAAUGUAAAAGUUGGAGGCUACGAUAUUCCUAAAGGAUCAAAUGUGCAUGUAAAUGUAUGGGCUGUGGCCCGUGACCCGGCCGUGUGGAAGGAUCCAUUGGAGUUCCGACCCGAGAGAUUUCUUGAGGAGGAUGUGGACAUGAAGGGUCAUGAUUAUAGGCUACUUCCAUUCGGAGCGGGUCGUCGGAUAUGCCCGGGUGCCCAACUUGGAAUCAACUUGGUGACAUCCAUGUUGGGACAUCUCUUGCAUCAUUUCUGUUGGACCCCACCUGAAGGAAUGAAGGCUGAGGAGAUUGACUUGGGAGAGAGCCCUGGAUUGGUCACAUACAUGAGAACCCCAUUGCAGGCUGUGCCCUCUCCUAGGCUUCCCUCACACUUGUACAAACGUGUGCCUGCUGAGAUUUAAUUUUUCCUAUAAUGUUGCUUUUUAUUCCAUUCACAAAUUUUCCUUGUUGCUAUCGCAGUGUUUAUGUAACUAUAAUUCAAAUCACAAUUUAAGGAAAACUCAGCCACUUUGACUUUUGUCCCCUUUAGACUUUGGAUUUAAAUUCCUGAAUAAUUUUGUAAUCUAUAUACUUUUAUUUUCGGUGGAAGGAAGCUAAUGGUUACCUUAAUGAACAUCAGAUGCUAUAUUAAGCAUUACUUGUCGAUUGUUAAGUCCCCUUUGAGAAAAAGAAUUGGAAUUCAAUAAUUGACAGGAUACUAAGACAAAUGAGAGUAAUUCUAAUAUGAGCACCAACUUAACUGCUCAUUCUUUAGACACAAAACAAUCCCUUUUCAGAAUUUUUCCAUCUUGUCUCUCUUCUAAUGUAUUGUAAUACUUUGAUUGAUUAUGAAUGUACUGUUAGUUCUAUGCUCAUAAAAAAUUUCUCGAUAAAUGAAAUAGCAGGUGAGAGUAUAUGCAUGCUCCAUCAACUAGUCCACGACGCAUCGGUUAUCUUUUCACAAACAUAGUAAAGCUAUUUUACCAAAAGAAACACAAAGCAUGUAUAUAAACAAGAACACUAAAACAGAAUGGAUUUACAAGACAAACUAAUUAUAUACUCACUAUUUACAGAUAAUACAUGAAAGGUAUGUAGCAUAUGUAUCUCAAAUAGUUCGUAUACGUAUUACCUACCCUUUACAACAUUCAGAGCAAUGCACAUAACCGUAACACGUUCACAUUAAAGUAAAUUUUUCAUACAGCAUCACUCCACUGGCAUCAAUAAAUACAAGGUUAGUUGAUCAACUCAGGAAUGAUCUUUCUCCAUCCAGCUCACAUAAAACUUUCCUCCUAGUUUCUUAUUUACUUCAACCUUGAAUCUCUCUUCUUUGAUUCCCCUGCUUACCCUCAGAAGCAAGUUAAAUUUGACAUAAUCAUUGAUGACCUGCAUUGUUACCAAAGAAUGUAAAUUGAGAAGAUAAAUAAGCAUAAAAAGCAAUAGAAAUAAGUACCUAGAAAGGAGGGGAAGAAACAAUUAUUAAAGGGGCAGAAGUGUACAAUAAAUGGAGAUUGAAUACUCAGAUACAGAAAGCAUGCUAUUAACAGAAAUUGAUAAUAGAACUGCUCACCUUGGUCUUGGCUAGAACAAUCUCCAGAAGUUCAUAAGGAGACAGAGAGUUGGACCUCUGUGCAAUGGACUUGACAGCAUAAUUUGCAGCAUCCUUGACCUCAGGAGCAUGAAUGGGUGCUUCAUGCCAUCCUAAUUUGGGUCCCUCUGAAUUAAAAGCGGUACACUUGUUAGAAACAAUAGUUGAUAUUUAAAUGAAAAAUAACAAUUUAAGAAAUAAAAGAAAGAGGGAGAAGCUAUUUUUGGAGAAACAACCGUGCAGUCAAAAUCAGCACAAGCAGGGGCAGAGAAU